CAGUUGGCUCUACUCAUUCGUAUAAUAAAGGCAGGCGCAGCUGGCAGCUAAUUUUCGGAUUAUUUAAAGAUUUGCAAGCAGUAAACAAACAAAAACAAUAAAAUUAUUAUGAAAAUUAACUAAAGUAGAAAACUACAACAAAAAAAUAAUAAUAAAAAUCAACCAAAGUAAAAAAAAAAUUAAAAGAAAAAAUAAAACGAAGCAAAAAAUACAAAAUAAAAGUGAUUUGGUUUUGGUGAAUAAAUAAGAACUGGCACUCGCAAGUAGAAAAUCUUUAAAAAAUGCAAUCCCAACUUGAAAUGAUUGAAAUAAGUUUGAGUUCAUCACCCAACACGCCCAGCACACCAAGUUCACCGGAGAAGCGUUUCGAACAGGCCACUGAUGCAAUUUUAAAUUACGUACUCGGCGAUACUGUGCGCGGUGCUGAUGAGGACGAAGCGGGUGUGGCGGAGUCGUCAGUGAGUAGGCGCAAUCAAACGCGUACCGCUUGGGCGCGCACAGCUGCAAAGGAGGAGGAGGAGGAGGAUGAUGGAAAGCCACAUAUACGAUUCUAUGGUGUUGGGCCCAGCACGUAUCAGAUACGCUGUCCGCUCUGUAAGCAACGCGCUGAUAGCGAAACUGUGCAAAUGAGCGGCAUUCUCGGUCAUCUCAGUUGUUUGCUAUCAACGUUAUCCUGUUGCUUCCCCAUAUUCUCACUUUCGUUUGUUUACCUCUGCCUGCAGAGUCGCUUGAAGAGCAAACGCAUGUUCUGCAAUAGAUGUGGCGGUCAUUUGGGCUUCUUCUGGCGACCUACUUAAGUGUGACAAAUAUUUGUUUCUUUUUAUUAAAUUUUUUUUUUACACAUUUAUAUAUAAGUAAGAAA